UGAGAGGUGUUGCCAUGCCCACCCUCACGAAAUGCCAACAGAGUUGCUUUAUUGUGUAGGAGAAGCUAGCUAAUGUUUAUUGUUAUGCGAUUUGUUUUUAUUUUUGACUUGGAAUUACAUAUUAGUAAUACACAUGUAGAGGCUAAGUACAUGUAGCAUGUUAACCAUUCUGGUAUCACUUCUAAAAUCGGUAAUAUGCCAAGUUAGCUAGCUAGCUAUAUUAGCAAUGUUUAGUGCUGCUCGGUGUUGCAAACGUUGGCUGUUGUUCGAAGCCAGCCACCACACAAUAGCUAGCUAGCUAAGUCACCAACUCUAUUCGUACAUAAAUGUCGUCUCAUUGGCUUGCCCCAGGUUUAGCUAAGCCAUGUCGCUAGGAAAUGUGACGUUUUUCUCACUACCUAGCUUAUUUAACCAGAUCUUAGCUCGUCUACAUGCUUAGAGUACACAUUUGCAGUACGUUAAUUUACCUUUAAUUUGGUACUAACGUUACGUGGCAGCUGACAGGCAUACCGACUCUGAGCAUGUCAACACCAGAGAUGAUCUCUGUGUUUCUACCUCAUUGGCAAACUGGCGAGAGGAGCAUUCGCUUUCUGUACCUUGCUGGUUCCAGCUCGUUUAAAAUCUGCGACAGGGGUAAUGCUGAGGAUACUAUGGUCCCUCUUUUUCUGGGUGCCGACCUGUUCUCAAAAACCGAUAUUAGGAAGGAAAAUCAUCCAAGAUACCAUGCCAAGUUUGCCAAAAAAGGGCUGGCCACAAAGCUUGUGUUUUCCUCUGAAUUCAGAUUCCAUGGAUUGCGACUUCCCACGGCUAGCUGCAGCCUGUGGUUCUACAGCAUCCAAGGUCUCUUCCGGGUGGCCUUUGAACUCUACAGCAAACAGGAGCAGCUCUUUGUGCUGGAGGCAUUUCAGGCACUAUGGAAGUCGCGAAUAAAUGAUGCCCCCCUGAACGCAUGCUAUGACCUGAGUGCCCAACUGAAUGCCCCUCUGCCCGAUGAGAUUGUGGCAAUGCACGACAGAGAAACGCUUCACAAGCUGAGAUCACAGAACAUCUCAAGGGCACGUUUGGAGUUACCUCAGGUGGCAGAGGUGCCUGAUGAGGGCCACGAGGAGGGGACGUCCCCCCCCGACGGCAAGUCCACAGCCGACCACGACUACUGCAGUCCAGCCGACGGGGAGCCGGCCGAUCGACCGGGUCAUCUUCGACUUGUCUUCGAGAAACUUACCAGCUUGGAAAAGGCUUUGAAGGCCUCCGAGCAGCUCUUUGGGAAAGAGCAGCAGGAGGCCAUGCUCCUCCUGCUGGGUCACACAGAGAAGCUCGCGGCUCAGGGCCCAGAUGAGGAGGCGCUGGCUGAAACGGUGUUGGGGCUCCUACGGACCCAGGGCCCAGGUCCCGGGGCGGGGGACUCGGUGUACUCCAGCCCCCUGCUCCGGGCCGUUGGCGGCUGGCUGGGCCGACAGUUCCACUCCGCCAACACCUGCAUCAGCCAACAGGUGGAAGGCUUCAAGGUGCGGCACAUCGAGCGCAUUACGGACCUGCCUCCAGCUGAGGAGCUGGCAGGGGAACUCUUCCCGGAGGCCAUGAGGAUACUGCUGCUCACCUGGAUGGGCCUGGACGAGGCCUCGGCCCUGUGGAAGCGUCACAGCGAGUAUCCCAUCGUGCUUCUCAUCCUGGAGUUCGCCAACCACAACCUCAUCACUGGCGUGGCCCAUGUCCUCUACUCCAGCCUCAUAUGCAAGUAGAGCAGGGAACUCAGACUCCAGUCCUACACGGCUGCAGUUUCCACUGGCUUUUGGUGCAUUUCAAGUGUUUGAAUUGCCUUUAAGACAGGGAUCAUCAACUCUGGCCCUCAAAUCGAAAUCCCAGGUAAUUAGGUGCUACCGAUUGGCCAGACUGAUAAAGGGAGGGUGGAAAACCAGCAGUUCUCAGCCCUUGAGGACUGCGAGUUGAUCAUCCUUGGCUGAUCAGUAAGUUCAUCAGCCAGAGGCUUGUUCUGAUUAGCUCAAGACUCCUCCAUGGCCUAAAUUACCUGCCAAUUUAACACUAUCACUUCUCAUCAGUGGAUUGUGUUUGAUUCCUGGCCAUAAAAAACACAUUUGUGAUUGUGCUCAAUGGCAUCUAAAUAUCAUAUGAACAGAAAUAUACACCACAAAUGAUUGUUGGUUUGAGGUUUUCAUUGACCACAUAAAGGUGAUAUUACUAACGGUGGUGUAACAAGUUGCACAAACCACAAUCUUCUGCAGAAUUAACACAAUCAGUGAUUGUGUACGGCAAGUUUCCUGCCACUUCAGUCUCCAUGUCAGUACGUACAGUUGGGUGGUUUAAAUGUCUGUUACGAUGAAUCUGCAUGUGAUUGAAAGCAAACCUGAACUCUAAAUGGUAGUUAGACAUGAGACCUUUCCGCAAAUUUUAAAGCAAGAUUUUUUUUUUUACUGUUUAUAAAUUAUGAAAAAUAAAGGCCCUGUCCAAGGGGUUCAUUUCCACAAGAAGAAGGCUACAAAAACUUGCGAUGUUUAAAACCAUUUCUUACCUAUUUCCACUGUCAGACAUUAUAAGGUGGAAGAAAAAUGGAACAGAAUUCAAGGCAAGAUCUGGAAGAACCCACACAUCACUGCAAAAGAGCUGCAAAAAGGUAUGUCUGAAGUAUGCAAAAGAAGACAUUGAGAAGCCUGAAGCCUGUGCUUUGGAUUGACAAAACUAAAAUUGAACUUUUUGGCCACCACCAAAGAAGGUAUGUUUGGAGAAAAAAGGGUGUUACAAAGUACUAACUGACAGGAUUCCCAAUAAAAGUAAUCUUGCUUUAAAAUGUGUUUUCUUUAACAUUGUACGAUUUAGAAGUCAGGAUUGCUUCUGUUCACUUAGACAUUAAUUGUAAAAGGCUUUUUGACCAGGGGUGCCCAAAUCUUUACACACACUACUGUAAUUCAGUAUUGUUUAUUUAUUAUCCUCUAUAAUCCUGGCAAUCAAUGUAUAAUUAUAGCAUUUAAAAACCAGGUGUUCAAACCAAAGAAAAUGUGUACAAUAGGAAAAGGGGGGCAGGGGUGAUUGCAAUGUAAUUCCCAGUCUGCCCCUCCCCCAUUGUCUGUCUGAACAAACAAACCGUGUAAUUCUGACAAUGUACAGAAUCCAGUUAUGGUUAGCACUCCACUAUCUACAAAAAAAAAAAAAAAAAAAAAAUGUACAAAUGCUUUUUUUUCUUCCUCUUAAUAAA